AUGUUCCUGUUUCUGCUGCUGCCUGUCCUCCUGGGUGUGGUGAGACUGUCCUCACCAGAGCCAAACACCUGUGAGGAUGCCCUGAAGACCUGCUCUGUGGUCGCCUGCGGCACCCCAGGAAGAGAUGGGCGAGAUGGACCCAAGGGAGAGAAGGGAGACCCAGGUCAAGGGCUCAGGGGCUUGCAGGGCCCUCCAGGGAAAUUGGGACCUCCAGGAAGUACAGGGGCUCCUGGGCUUCCAGGACCCAAAGGCCAGAAAGGAGAUCGUGGCGAAAGUUCAGUUGCUGAGUCCAAACUGGCGAACUUGGAGUCAGAGAUACGGACCCUAAAAUCAGAACUGGAACACAUCAAGAAGCUGCAAUCCUUCUCUUUGGGUAAAAAGUCUGGGAAGAAGUUCUAUGUGACCAACCAUGAGAAGAUGCCUUUUUCCAAAGCGAAGGCCUUGUGUGGGCAGCUCCGAGGCACUGUGGCCACUCCCAAAAAUGCUGAAGAGAACAAGGCCAUCCAAGCUAUGAUCAACGACUCUGCCUUCCUGGGCAUCACGGAUGAGGUGACAGAAGGCCAGUUCAUGUACGUGACAGGCGGGAGACUGACUUACAGCAAUUGGAAGCAAAAUGAGCCCAAUAACUUCGGCUCGGGGGAGGACUGUGUCAUUAUCCUGAAGGACGGGCUCUGGAAUGACUACUCCUGUACAUCCUCUCUACUGGUGGUCUGUGAGUUCCCAGCCUGA